AUGAAGGCUCAGGAGAUGCUGUCUGGAAUGGUGCUGGCAAAGGAGCAUGACACGAUAGUGUGGUACUUGUCUUCCGGCCCAAGUCGCACGGAGACAGAGGUGCUCAAGCAGCAAGCCAAGACUGGCCGUUAUCUUACCGAAAACCUUCGCGCCCCAUUCGACACGACAUACACACACACCAUCGCACCGCUGCGACGCUGCGCAACCUGCCAGACUUGCAUCUCGCAACGGGCGAGCGUCCACAUUCACGAACACGAAUCCCGCCUUGCACCGUCGAGCGGCGCCUGGCCAGCCGUCGCGCCAAUCGAGUACACCUGUCCCAGUUACGUCCUCGCAAACCGCCACGCUGGCGCCGUCUCAGCCUCCCGAGGCCGGCUCUUCGAGCUCCCUCAGCGGCAGACGAUUUCAGUCUCACCACCGAAGGCGCUCCUCGGCUGGCCAGCACACGACCCUCAGCGAGCAACGGGCGGGUACAUUGCUGUCCCUCAACAGCCCAAAGACGAGCCCGUCGCUCUCACAACCUCCUCUGACACCUGUUCCUGCGCGGCCUUCGACAUGGUUUCGGCGCAUGCUGACUUGGACGUCUCCAUUGCAGGCACACCAUCGAUAGGCAUGUCCCUCUCGCGCAGUCCGUCACCCAUCCCGGGUGGAGGGUGGGCGAGUCCCGGGCUCAACAUUAACAGCGGACGGACGAGCCCAGCCCACAUCACGGGCGGCCCGACAGCUUGGGAGUCGGCCAAGAUGAGAAACCACAACGUCAACGGGUACCCAUCGUUCUCGACGCAGAACUCGGGCUUCUUUGUCCGUCACAUGCGCAAAAUCUCUAGCAACCUGCCUCGAUUCGGCGCAGACUCAGCAUAUGCACAGAAGGAGAGGUUGGGGCACGGGUCUUGGGAUACACGGAACAUGUCCAUGCUCGGCCGGUUACGAUCUAUGUUCAGACGCAUGGGGAGGAAGCUCAAGCUGCGCCUGCUGAUUGCGACCAUUGUCUUCUUCUGCUUGUUGAUAUUUUACAACUCUCCCUUGCUGUAUUACUGGCGUAAAUCGUCCAUGGGCGGGAACGGCGAGAAGUUUGUCAUCAUCCUCGGCGCAAAUCCGGGUGGCGGCGUCAUGGAGUGGAAGGGCGCGCGCGAAUGGGCCAUUGAGCGGGACAGCGUGCGGAACAAGAAGAAGUACACCCAGCGAUGGGGCUACGAGCUGGAGAUUGUCGACAUGAGCACCAAGAAGCGCUACGCGCACGAGUGGCGCGAGAGUUGGGAAAAGGUUGACUUUAUGCGCACGACCAUGCGCAAGUACCCAAACGCGGAGUGGUUCUGGUGGAUGGAUCUGAACACGUACAUUAUGGAGCUCUCGUUCCCGUUGCAGGAGCAUCUCCUGCACAACCUGGAGGACAAGGUCUACCGCGACAUCAACGAGUGGAACCCCCUCAACAUCUCGCACCCGUUCACCGAUCACUACCUCGACGAGACUGCGCUGAGCCCUGUUGGCGACGGGAGAGCAGACUCGGUCAACCUGCUGAUCACCCAGGACUGUGCCGGCUUCAACUUGGGGUCGUUCCUCCUCCGGCGCAGUGCGUGGACCGACCGGCUCCUGGACAUCUGGUGGGACCCCGUGCUGUACGAGCAGAAGCACAUGCAGUGGGACCACAAGGAGCAGGACGCGCUGGAGCAAAUGUACGAGAGCCACCCGUGGGUGCGGCAGCACACGGGCUUCCUGCCGCAGCGCAUGAUCAACGCGUUCCCGCCGGCGGCGUGCAGCGACGGGACGAAUCAGAACAACACGCGCUUCCACUACAACGAGCACGACCACGACUUUGUGGUGAACAUGGCCGGCUGCGAGUGGGGGCGCGACUGCUGGGGCGAGAUGUACCACUACCGCGAGUUUGGGUACUGGCUCAACCGCAACCCGUGGGAGCGUUUCAAGGAGGACCUUGUCGCCGAGAUUUGGUUCAAGAUCACGGGGCAGCGCGUCAAGCUGUGA